AUGCCUCUCAGCAGCAGUCUGCAGACUAUUGAGAAGCCUGACGCCAUCGCGCUAUCGAAAAACAGUCUUUUCGCCUCAUGCACAUUGUACAUGCUGCCUAUUCUCUACGGUGAUUUAGAGCAAAUGCCUCUUUUUGCCAGUCGCGCUUGGAGCUAGACAAAGUUCGUGUCUUUGUUCACUUUGAAGGAGACGUCGUCAACUUGUUCUAGUACUAAGACAGAGACUCAGCGAGGUGGGCAGACAUGUCUCUCAGUGGUCUGCAGACCUCUGCUCAGAGACGUCUGAUGAACUCUAGUAUUACCAGCCAGUAGGCAGACACUAUCGUGGGCGUGACCACAUGCCGUUAACUGGGAUUGCCCGACGAUGGCCCCCCUGUGUUGUGCUCGCAAGCCUCCACUCUGCUAGCCCUGGGCUGACAGCGUGCACCCACUGCACCCGGUGGGAGUACAGGCAGAUUGCCAUGCUGUCAGUAUUCUAAGUUCAGUACCUAGGUGUAGCAGGUCAGGAGGUUGAGCACAGUGCAUCAAAGACCACGCACAGACCAGAUGCCACAGUCAUAUGCAUUAUGUGCGUUCAGACGCCUAGCACCGAUUGCGUACUUUCGAUGGGAAAGGUGCUUGAGGUGCAUGUGGCAAGGCUAACGUUCCAGGUUCAAAUUCAAGCCUGUGGUAAAAUAUGCUUUUAGGUUUAUAAAGCCUGUUCGGUGUGGGAUUAGGUUUUGGCCGAUGAUCAGGCUAACUAAUUGCGUUAUUUUUGGGGUUGAGGCUAAGUGCAAUGUUCGGUCUACCGUUAGCAUUAUGGCUGGUUAUGAAAUUAGUAUUAUGUCAUCUGUUAGAUUUUGAUUUUAUUUCCACCUACGUUUAAGUUAAGAUGAUGAGGCACAAUGGCUUUUGGUUUUUAGUCAAAAAUGUGUUUAGCGUUAAGUUUGCAGUUAUGGUUAGGUGUACCUACGAAGUACUAUCUUAAGCUAUGCAUUUCAUUACUGGGUUCAGACUAGGUUUAUGUAUAGUGUGAUGAUUAGUUUUAGCGUUUUGGGGUAUUUUUAGUGCUGUUUUAGAUUUCGUGUAACAUCGCCUUUUUCAUACCUUGAAACCUGACCCUUUAACUUCAAACAAACUCACAGCUCGCGACCUAUUAAAUAAGAAAACUCUGAAAGUGCGGCCAGAGUGCAGCUGAAAUGGAUGUGUUUGUUUUACAUCUAUUCGUUCUAAGGUGAAUGACGGCCCCUGAAAAUGCUAUGGUAUACCUAUUCCAUUACACAGUAGAACAGAAAUUGUUGGAAUGGAACUAAGCAUUUCCACGUUAUUAGGGCAACUUACAACUCUAGGGUUAUAAAAACCUAUUCCAUUCUUCUCUAAUAUGCCCGUAUGCUUGAAUGUGGUCAACGAACAGCUACCCGUAAUAAAGAAGUAAAAAACUAAUGAAGGCAGUCUGGCUCGAUAGAAGAGAUGACAAAGCUUCUUCCCCAUCUUCCAUGCAAAAGUCUGAAAUCGUUCUAUUAGCCACGAACGCCAGGUUUGAUAGGCAUAUUCCAAGUGAAAUCAAACAAAUGCCUCUUGGGGUUUUCGGAACAGUGCUAAGUCAGUUUUAACAAGUGUUUAUCUCAGCGCAAACAGCAUUCGUUUCGCGUUUCUUGCUGGCCUUAGAGACUGCAAAAACAGCUUACGUGAGCAGAUCGUCAGAACGUUGAGGUCAUUUUGUUCUUCAGCAGUCGCAGGUGAUGCACUUCAUGGAGAUAUUGGUGAAAAGCAUCUUCACCACUGGUUCUUCUGGUAUGGAGUCCAGCGUUAUCAUUUAGAAAUCAGCGUACUGUCCAAUUGAUAAGUCGAUUAGGAUCACCUUGAAUUUUGCACCUAACUUCGUCAUAUCCGAUGACUGUAGUAAUUUGAACGUCGUCAGCAAAGAGAACGGCGUAACAGUCCAAGUUUUUAGCAUAGUCACUUAUAUAGACUAAAGUGAGUAACGGCCCAAGCACUAAGUACAUACAGGACACUGCUUAAAACGGAAUUGGUAGAUAACUUCAAGGCAUCAAUGAAUGCGAUUUGCGAUCACCCGGUAAGAAACCCUGAAAUCUAAUAUAGAAAGUAUGUUGUUUGGACGUGUGCGUAGAACGCAGUCGAACGACUUCCUGAAAUCAGCGUUCACGUCGUCAACCCUAUCAUCCCCGUCCAGUAUACGAGUCAACUGCGCAGUCGGAAGCAACAAGCUGGAAAGGCACGAACGAUUGUGUCUGAGGCCGUGCUGCAGCUCUGAGAGAAAGUAACAUUCCUCAAGGAACAUUACCGUUGUCACCUUAAACAUCAGCUUCACUAUUUUACAAUAGAUGCCGACCAGACUGCUGCUGCUGCUGCUGAUGAUGAUGAUGAUGAUGAUGACGACGACGACGACGACGACGAUGAUGAUGAUGAUGAUGAUGAUGAUGAUGAUGAUGAUGAUGAUGAUGAUGAUGAUGAUGAUGAUGAUGAUGAUGAUGAUGAUGAUGAUGAUGAUGAUGAUUAA